AUGCGGAGGUUUGCACGAGCGAGCCAGAGAUUUGGCUCUCAGGUCCAGUGCGCUCACUAUCCAGGCUCCACUCCACUGAUAACAUCCGCCCGAGAUUCCACCCGGUGGAGGCAGCUGAGCUCCUCUUCCUCCCCUGCCUUUGCUGAGCGGUCCUACAUUCCUAACCAUGUUCACGAACAUACUUCGCACGGAAACGCAGCCAAUUUCCCCGCCUUUCUAGAUUCGCCCUCUACAGGUGAUGUGGAAAAUGAAACAAUCGGCCUGCCCAAUGACAGACAGCAUGUACAGGCGCUUAGCAGGGGAGCAGUCAAGGAAUUCUGGGCCAUCGUUCGAGAUGGACAGCCAGAUCAAGUGAUGAGUGUACUGCUCAAUCCGCGCUUCGACCCAAUCAUUGCGACCAUGACGCCGAGCAGGUUUGCUGAGGUUUUCUGCUUGCUCUCGCCCACCUACUUUAUCCUGCCAUUCCGUAAGAUCCAUCGACCGCUGCAUCCGACCACCAUGCACGUCCACGGGUACAAGAGGCUCGAGGUGAUUUUCGAGGAAUUCGCCAACAACGUUAUGACUGUUGCUGAGACUCGACUACGGACGGGCCACCAACUCGGGCUGGCUGAGUACACUCAUCUUCUCAGAUGUGCGAGUUCCAUGGGAGAUGCUGUCAUGGCCGAGCAUGUCUGGGAGAGCAUGAAAGCAGACGAUAUUCGCCCUGACGUUACCUGCUACAACCAUCUCAUGGCAUCUAAGUCCUGGAACUCGACCUACACUGGCCGGGAGAGUUAUCGGCUGCGAAUCACCAAGCACAUCUACCGCAAACGAGGGUAUGAGUAUCCUAACCCGGGGUGGACGGGCUUUGGUACCAAAGCUCGAAGUGUGCGAAAAGAUGUGACCAGCAUCCUGAACGAAAUGAUUGGAGAAGGGUUCCAGGCUGACGAGAACACCUUCAUCCAGGUGAUGGUAUCGUCUUCCCGCGUGGGGUCUAUCACCGGAAUCAUAAGGCUUCUCAAGGCCAUCUGGAAUGUUGACGUGGAUGCGUUGCUGGACCCAGAAAACCACCCCAAGCUAAAACCCGUCACUCCCUUUCCGCGCUCAUCCCCUUGUUAUCCGACGAAAAAUCUACUACAUGCUGUGGCCCAUGCUUUUGGCACGUCAAGUAACAUGCUUGCCGCGCUGCGGACCAUUGACCACCUCUCCGAAUCAUACAAUAUUGCGGUUCCGGAGGGGGUCUGGCUAGAACUGACGGAGCGGGCCUUUGUGCUCUCGCGACAACGUUUUGGACCCGACCUUCCGGGGAAAGACCGGGGCCAGCUGUAUUUCAAUUUUAUAUUCGAAUUGUAUGAGACUAUGACUUCGAAACCAUACAACGUUCGGCCCACGGCCCACGUUCAUCAAAUGAUGGCUAAGACGGCGUGGGAUCAACGCAAUUGGCCCCGAUACAAGGAGCACAUGGAGGGGGCGUACAACGUCUUAGCGGAAACAAGACGCAAGCAGAGAAUAGCGCGCACCAAAGUCAUGGGCUAUCUGACCAAUAGCAAGACCUCGCAAGGGCCCAAGAACCCUCGUGGGCAGGUGAAUCUCUCGCGAUUCAAAUCACGGCCCUUCGCCAACGCUGUGUACGAGUAUGACCUACUGCGGCUACGCGCUGCCCAGGCCAACAUGAUCGUCAGGCGACUCGCCCGACUCCUCCUCAUCCAAAAGCACUGGGAAAUCCCCGGAGAACCCGAGUACACCUGGGAGCGACGUCUCCUCCCGCAAGCCCUCGAGGAGUGGCAGGAUUUCCUCCCCGACAAAAUCCACUACGAUACGUCCGGCGGAACGGUCAACAGAAAAGGAUUCACCAACUGGCGAUUUCGACGGUUCACCGGAUUUUACAAAAUCCCUAUUCGCCGCCCGACCCCGACAAACGGGCUCAAACGAGAGGUUCACCCCGAUGAUAUCGAUGACGACGCCUUCUGGGCCAAUCUGCUGGAAAGACGACCGUAUUACAAGUCCAAACCCGGCCUCCAAACCGAACCUCUGGCUCGUCUCUUUUCUGGGGUCGUUGAACGAAGCACCGUCUCGCACCCGCCACCACACGACCCUUUCACUUACGAAACCUUGGCAGACUGCGAGAAUUAUGAGGAUCUCAAACAAUUCUACCGAGAGCAUGAUUUCACUCACAAACCGGCUAGGAACUUGGGGGAGGAAAUCGAAAAAGAACGGGAAUCCGAGGAUCCUGCCGAUACCGCGAUUAAGGGCUUCGGUUUCUCUGAUGCUUGA